AUGUUAGGCACCACUGCAGUGGAUGAGAAGACACAUGAUCGCUACGUGCAUCAAAUCAACGCAGCAGUGCACGCUGUACCAGCUAGUGUUUCUUUUUGCAGGAAGGGGAAGGAGGGAGAUGUGGAUAAGAAGGGCAAGGAUGAGAAGGAGAGACUGUUGCCAUUCGUUUGGCCGGGAGUCUCGAAGCUGCACUCCACGCCGGGCGACUUCUAUGGGACUUUCUUCACCGAGCCGCUGAAGGCUUUGGACCCAGUGCCGCGUGGCAAGCCCCCGCGAGUGCGGGAGCUGCCCAACGUCAGGGUCAAUCCCGCGAAGAAAGGAGGGCCCGGAUACGUGGACAUCACCAUUUCCAAGUAUCCACAGUACAAAGUGCCGGGAGCGGCAAGGAAAGGAAAGGGCAAGAAGGAAAAGGGCAAGAAGGACGAUGCACGUCUGCCUGUCUUGAUCCCGGCCAUCAGGGCUCCCAGACUCUUCACCGAGAAUCCCUACAGAUCGGUCAAAGAGCCCAAGGUGCCAGUGUACGUGAAGCCCGUGAAGGGCAAGACCAAGACGCAGGUUAUAAAACGAAUCCUGGAACAGAGAGAAGAAGGGAAGGGAACGACUGGUGAAAAAGCAGCAGUGGAGUCCGCACCCAAGUUCCUCCCAGCGGGACCCGCAAAGGAGGGGGUGUUCUUCACGAAGCUGACGUACGCCCUGCCGCCCCCGAUGGUGGUGGACAUGAAGGCGAGGCUGGAGAAGCUGAAGGAGGCGCCCUCGCCACCGGUGUUCUACCCCACGCGCGGCACCAAGCCCUACCCCCAGAGCUCCGUCGUCAGCUACAACAUCGAUCGCUCCGUCAACGCCUCCAACUGGCUGGGCUUCAAGCCCAUCGUGUACCCCUGAAGCGCGACACCGCCUUUAUAUCCGCACUUGUUCUUGUAACGCGUUCCAGCGAAUGCUUCCCGAGAUGAUUUUUAAACAAUGUGAAAUUAAUAAAAUUUUGUUUUAUAAAUAUUUUUUAGCAAUUAUGCUUAAAAGAUUUUGGAAUAAUUAUUCUAACUGUGAUAUCAAUAAUUACUUCUUGCAAAUCCUCUAUUAGAAAUCAAAAUGACAUUAGAUCCUUUCUUUCUCUACAAGAAAAUAUUUACUUAUAACUUACAAAUAUAAGAUGCACUUAAAUUUAAGUAACAUAUGUUUUUUGUUGAGGAACUAUACCUCACAAUUUAAAUUUUUUAGAGUUGGCUGCAACUUCCAGGACGCAUGUAUUAUUUAAUUGUAUGGCCAAAACCUCCAGGACUUAAGUUUGGACCCUUGUUGAAGUCAAUGUACAUAUGUGUAAUAGUGUAAAUUAUACAUUGAUUUUUUCAGUAAAUUAUGUUAAGAUAUGUCACAUAUGUGACAAGUUAGCACUUAGCAGACUAUUCCUAAGAAACAAUACCUGGGGUUGUAAAAUUAGCAGAAUUUCUUAAUGAGUCAAAAACAAAUCAUUGCAAGUUAAUAAUUGACAUAAUUAU